GUCAUAUGUCAAAACAUUUGCUCAUCUGUAUCGUAGUUUCUGUGUUUUUGCAGUGUUCGCCCAUUAAAGCGAGAAGAGCAGUACAAAUCUAAGCAAAAUAUGCUCAGUGAGCACUGGAUGUACUUGAAUGAUCAACGUUGGAUGGCCCAGGACUGAACUCAGAGGGCUACAGGCUCGGCAGGUGGAAUUUUACCAUCAGAGGCAGUGAAAGAGACGUACGCGCACUGGUGCAGCAUUAUCAUAUCGUCAGCAAUGCUUCUGCCAGAUGAAUGCAGUUUUAUAUUUAGAGCAUGACUCACCUAGAAGCCAGUUAGAGAGCCCGCCCCCAACCGGAUGUCCAAAUAUCUAAGCAGUCAGAGAGAUGCCCUUUCCGCACCCGCGCUUCCAGUAAGCAGGGAAAUCCGGGAGCCACUAAAAUCCCAAGGGGUAAAGCAACGCGAGCCACUGGUCUUUUUCAUCAUGCGACUGAACCUAAAAGCCGUGCUGCUUGUCCUCACGGUGGCUGUGGUGGUGAUCACUCUUGGCGUGUAUAUGCGCUGCGCCGCCUUCUCCUUUUCGCCGGACUUGGUGCGACCUCUGGACCGGUCCGCAAGGCAGUCCUCCAGCGGAGGAGAGACUACAGCGCUGCACGACAUUGAGUGCUCCAUUAACCAGGAGUACACCGUGCACUGCAAGCGAGACGAGAACGCCAACGAGGUUUACGUUCCGUUUUCCUUCCUGCGUAACUACUUCGACGUCAGUGGAGCAGUUUCCACCAACAGCAAUGAGGUGGCCAAGUUCAACUGGGUGCACAGCACAGCCAAGGUUAACCUCCCCAGGGGAAAGUAUGAUGCGCGCGGCGUCUUUAUGUACUUUGAGAACUACAACGUGGAGGUGCGCGACCGGGUGAAGUGCAUCAGCGCCGCGGAGGGCGUUCCAGUGAGCACGCAAUGGGAGAAGCGUGGGUACUUUUACCCCACACAAAUUGCCCAGUUCGCGUUGUCGCACUACAGCAAGAACCUCACAGAGCCGGCGCCCAGGGUUCGCGUGCUGGAGGACGGCGACGGGAACCAGAUGGAAUGGAGUACGCCCAAGACCAGCAACAUGAGCCGCAUUUGGCACCACAAGUUUAACACCAGUGUUGUUCAGUUCGAGACGGCACCUGGUUACGAGGGCGUCAUCAGCAUUGCUCUAAACCAGACAUUGGAUCUUCUGCUCAGCGUUGAUCUGCUGCUGGUAACCAAUAGCAGCAGUCUCAUGAUCACCGUCCAGAAUCGGGAUACCCGUCACACCUACAGCCUGCACUACAUACCCGCAGAUCUGCUGCUGAGCGUGCAGGAUACAAACAUCUACUACGGUCUGGGAGGCUCGGCACUGAACAAGUGGCGCCACAUCACUCGAGACUUGCACAUUGAUCUUCAGAAGGGCGUCAUGGGUGACAAACGCUCGCCGUUAAAGAUACGCCGCUCGGAUCUGGAGGUAAUAUCUAUUGGCUUUCUGGGCCUCGGCUUCUUCGACAAUAUCACCUUGUCCACCAGUGACCAUCUGGCUCACUUCUACGACGCGGCUGAGUGGUUCGUCCACAACCAGGACCCCAAGACGGGCGGCUGGACCAAUCCUGUGCGUCGCAGCCUCAACGGCUUUGCCGAAUUGCGCCCGGGGUGGAUAUCAGCCAUGGGUCAAGGCCACGCUAUUUCAGUGCUGGCACGAGCCUACUGGCACUCCGGCGGAGAUGAACGCUACCUUCGAGCGGCUGCAGCCGGACUGCAGCCUUAUAGGGUAUUCUCCCGGGACGGCGGCGUUCUGGCGCAGUUCAUGGACAAGUUCUACUGGUACGAGGAGUACCCCACCACGCCACCCUCUUAUGUGCUGAACGGCUUUAUCUAUUCACUGCUGGGUCUCUACGAUCUCAACAGCACUGCCCCGGGAAAAAUCGCCCGCGAAGCUGGAAAGCUUUUCGCGCAGGGCAUGCACUCCCUUAAAAAGAUGCUGUUGCUAUUCGACACUGGCUCCGGCACCAGCUACGACCUGCGCCAUCUCAGCCUGGGCGUGGCUCCUAAUCUGGCGCGCUGGGACUACCAUGCAACGCACGUGAACCAGUUACUUCUGUUAGCCACCAUCGACAGCGAUCCAUUAAUUGCACAAACUGCGGAGCGCUGGAAGGGCUAUAUGUUUGGUCGUCGAGCCAAGCACAACUGAGAACUAAGGAAACUGGCGGUCUAUCGCCGUCGAAAAAGUGAUAUUUUUUAGGGCCUACGUAUUGUGCUUAACCAUUCAAAAUGGUUGCACCAAACGCCAUGUCCUUUCCACAACCUCACACUCCUGAUCUGGAAAUAGUUUCGUGUUUCUAUUGUGUUAUUUCCGCCCUCGUAUGUGUGCUGAAGUCCUUAUUUAGCUUGUCUAUCUGGGCGCCUAGUGUUAAGCUGUUGUACCUUUACCUUUGAUUGCUUAAUCAGAUGUUGGCCUCGUCUACGAAAAUUUGUUAAUUCCCCUAAUGAUAGAUCAAUUGUUUGCCCGAGAGGAGAUGCCCGCGCGCCUUCUGGACAAUACUUUAAAUGAAUAUUUAACCGUUUUAGUUAGAUUUUUUACUGUGCAAACUAAGUAGAGUUUAUAAUUACACAUCCCUGUAUAAAGUAACACAGAGCUUAGCGUACUAGAUUUAGAACGUAGUUGGUAUCUGUUAGAUACAACCGUAGACUGUUGUAUUUAGUCUCCCGUGUAGAGGCAAUAGUAGCGCUCCCACUCAAUACUAACUGCCCGAACCCAAAAACCGAUGCACGAUAAUAACGACUUCUAUAUGAUAAGCCUGUAAUGUAAUGUAUUGUAGUGUAUGCCACUUGAGAACAUCAUGUACUUCUCGCCACUUAAACGAUGCCAUUCCAAUCAUAAUUUUAUUUUAACUCCUAGGUUUUCAACAUCGCCGAGAGGCCGUCAAUUAAGCAGAGAAAUAUACCCUUUCGAAUGUAAUCUUCGUAUCAUUUAUGUGACCCACUACUAAUCCCAAAACGAGACUGUUAACGAAAAUAUUUGAUUUUAAAUAUUAUGUUAAGUGAACCAAAUUAAAGUACUUAAUUUUUGUUCUUUGUA